CGGAGUGACGUAAAAGAAAUAUCCACAUGGUCAGUGCGAGGUGGAAAUAGAAUAAAAAACGAGUAUUCGUUUCUAUUUGAAACAUAUUUUAAGCAUUUGUUGAGGUAAAAUUAUACGUAUGAAAAUGGCAGAUGCAAGUUUAGAUGAAUUUUUUGCCAAGAAAGAUAAAAGUAAGAAGGGAAAAUCGGGAAAGUCGAAAUAUACGACGACCGAGACAAUCGCUAAGAAAUUAGAAGAAAGCGGAAAGAAAGUGGAAACGUUAACUACUCCGAAAAAAGAAAAAGAGAAAAAUAAUGUUGUUUCAGACACACAAGCAACAUUAUCCCUACCUUUAUUGGAACAGGAUAGUGAUGAUUGGAAAGAUAUAGAAGAAGAAAAAGAAAAGGAUUAUUCUGGUCUAAAAGUACAGUCAAUGUGUAUUAGUGAAAAGGAAAAGGAAGAAGAACAAUUGAAAGAACAACAGGCAGAAGAAAAUGGUGAAUCUUCAAAACUGAAUGAUGGUGUAGCAGGACCAUGGAAAAUGAGUGCAUCAUCAGGUGCAUCCUCAGGUGCCAGCCCUGCCUCAGAAACCAUAGUAGUAGAAGAAGAAGUUAAAGAAGGAAAGCAACCCAGUACAUAUGUACCACCUCAUUUACGUUACUCUAGUACAAGUGUUGGCCCAAAAAGAAAUCCUAAAACUGCUCCAGAAAUUUCAAGUGAAGUUCACUUUCCAUCAUUAUCAGCUUCUGUAGACAGUCCUAAAGGAGUUCAGACAAGCACACAAGACAAAAACUUCCAAUCUGUUAAACAUGGCAUCAAAUCCAAAGAUGUCUCAUCGCAAGGUCUUCAGUUAGAUCUGGAAAACAAAUUUGCUGCUCUACAUCAAGGAGAGUAUAAUUAAUAAUUAGAAGUAAUAGAUAAAAUGAAACUAUGAAAUAUUCUGUCCACUUUCCCAGAUUCCAAUAUAAACUGUGACCAUGUCUAUAAGUGGGAGUUAAAAAAAUUUUAUGAAAAUUCAUCUAAGCAAAGGAGUCUGUUGAAAAAGGACAAUUAUUGUUAUCAAUGUGAUUUUUGGAGGGAUAUUUUUAUUCUUUUUCUAAAAGUAGCAAUAUUAUAAAAUUAGAAGGAAACCAAUACUUUUUACUGAUAACACUAAAAUCUCCUUCCCUCUCGUUUCACUAAUGCCGUUCAAGUGAAUUUUCGACUCAUUUCAUUUUAAUUGUAGACGGUGUGAAUGGAUAUAUUAGAUUUUUUAAAUAAUCUGUGUUUGUUAUUUAUAAGUCAAAAAUGCAUCUGUUAAAACACAUAAAAAAAAAAAUAUGGUUGGGUUUAAUUGUAAUGUUGCAUAGGAAAAAAACAUAAAUAUUAUAUAUAUAUAAAACUACUAUGAUUUAGAUUUAUGUACAGAAAUACAAUCAGAGAACAAAAAAUUAUAAGCAUGUUAGUGUACUUGUAUAUUUGUUUUGGCACAAGAAUAUACACAAAAAAUUCAAUAAUGUAUAAAAUUCUGUAAUUUGAUCAUAUUUAAGAAAAUUUUCUUUAACAUAUUAAUUGAAAGAUGAAAUGUGUUGGGCUUUAUCACAGUAUAUAAAUAUGUAUAAUUAUAAUUAAAAUACAAAUUGGUUAAAUAUUUGUACAGAUACUGUCAAAAUUUCAAACUAGGACAGUGUAUAUAGAAACAGAUUUAAAAUCAAAAAAUAUUAAAUGAUUAUAAAUAUGUAUAAACAUUUAAAAAUUUGUACUUUUUGCAAAAAUAAUCU